CAGAACCCUUCCACGGGUUCUCUCCUUGGCAUGAAGUCGAAUCCCCUGUCUACUGUGAAAGUCGACUAUGCCGUCACCAACCGGGGAGACCACUUCGAGACCGCCAUCCGUAUCAUCACGCUUCUCAUCCACCUGGGCUUCCUCGUGGGACUGUACAUACAAGUAUGGCAAGCGUCAAUGAGAUUGUUCCAAAAACCACCGGACCCGUGCGCCCCUAACCCAUGCCGGCAUGACGGGCUGUGUUUGGAGGGACAUAACGGGUACUACUGCGUCUGUAAGGAAGGAUGGACCGGCAAGAACUGCACUUUGAACAUAGAUGAGUGCGCGUCCUACCCGUGUGAAAAUGGCGGCACGUGUCGGGACAGGAUAGCAGGGUACAUGUGCGACUGUGCAGACGGCUGGGACGGCAUCCACUGUGAGAUAAACAUCGACGAAUGUUUUUCCAACCCCUGUCAACACAACUCCACAUGCCAUGACGGUGUUGACGGUUACAUGUGCGAGUGUGCGCCGGGAUGGGAGGGUGUGCACUGCGAAAAUAAUACUUUUGAAUGUGGUUCGGACCCGUGUGAGAAUGGGGCCACCUGCCAUGAUGAGGUGAACUACUACACCUGUGAGUGUGCACCUGGAUGGGAAGGAACCCACUGUGAAAUCAACACCGCGGAAUGUUCUUCCGGUCCAUGUCAGAAUAACGCGACUUGUCACGACCAUGUCAACUACUACACUUGCGAGUGUGGGCCUGGAUGGGAGGGAACACAUUGUGAAAUCAACACAGAUGAAUGCGCGUCUAACCCAUGUCAAAAUGGUGCCACAUGUCACGAUCACGUGAACCAUUAUACCUGCGAAUGUGCUCCGGGAUGGCAAAAUACACAUUGUGAAGAAAACACAGACGAGUGUUCAUCCUCCCCCUGUCAAAACGGAGCGACAUGCCACGACCAUGUCAAUUCCUACACCUGUGAGUGUGCUCCGGGUUGGCAAAACACACACUGCGAGGAAAAUACUUUUGAAUGCGGGUCCAAUCCGUGUGAAAAUGGGGCCACCUGUCACGACCAUGUGAACUACUACACCUGCGAGUGUGCGCCUGGAUGGGAGGGAACCCACUGUGAAAUCAACACAGAUGAGUGUGCCUCCAUCCCCUGUCAAAACAACGCCACCUGUCAUGACUGGGUGAACUACUACACCUGCGAAUGUGGGCCUGGCUGGGAAAACACCCACUGUGAAAUCAACACAGAUGAGUGUGCAUCCGGACCAUGUGAAAACAACGCCACCUGUCAUGACUGGGUGAACUACUACACCUGUGAAUGUGGGCCUGGAUGGCAUGGGGUCCAUUGUGAAAUAAAUACAGAUGAGUGCGCAUCAGGACCAUGUAAGAACAACGCCACCUGUCAUGACCAUGUGAACUACUACACCUGUGAAUGUGGGCCUGGAUGGCAUGGGGUCCAUUGUGAAAUCAACACAGACGAGUGUGCAUCAGACCCAUGUCAGAACAACGCCACCUGUCAUGACCAUGUCAACUACUACACCUGUGAAUGUGGGCCUGGUUGGGAGAGUGUCCAUUGCGAGAUCAACACUGAUGAGUGUGCAUCUGAUCCAUGUGAGAAUGGGGCCACCUGCCAUGACUGGGUGAACUACUACACCUGCGAGUGUGCACCUGGAUGGGAGGGUGUUCACUGUGAAAUCAACACAGACGAGUGUGCUUCAGACCCAUGCCAAAAUAACGCCACCUGCCAUGACUGGGUGAACUACUACACCUGUGAAUGUGGGCCUGGUUGGGAAGGAGUCCACUGUGAGAUAGAUUCUGGAGAGUGUGGCUCGGAUCCAUGUCAGAAUGGUGCCACCUGUCAUGAUGGCGUCAACUUCUACACCUGUGAGUGUGCACCUGGCUGGGAGGGUGUUCACUGUGAGACCAAUACUGAUGAGUGUGCAUCUAGUCCGUGUCAAAACAACGCCACCUGCCAUGACCAUGUGAACUACUACACCUGUGAAUGUGGUCCAGGCUGGGAAAGCACCCACUGUGAAAUAAAUACGGAUGAGUGUGCAUCAGACCCAUGUCAAAACAACGCCACCUGCCAUGACUGGGUGAACUACUACACCUGUGAAUGUGGACCUGGAUGGGAGGGUGUUCACUGUGAGAUCAACACAGAUGAGUGUGCUUCCAUCCCAUGUCAAAACAAUGCGACAUGUAACGACUGGGUCAACCAGUACAACUGUACAUGCCAACCAGGAUGGGAGAGUGUCCAUUGUGAGAUAAACACCGAUGAAUGUGCAUCAGAUCCCUGCCAGAACAACGCCACCUGUCAUGAUGAAGUGAAUCAGUACUGGUGUGAGUGUGGGCCUGGAUGGAAUGGAACUCACUGUGAAAUCAAUGUGGAUGAGUGUGUAUCAGAGCCUUGCCAGAACAACGCCACCUGUCACGACCACGUCAACUACUACACCUGCGAGUGUGUGGGAGGGUGGAAGGGCAUCAACUGUGAUGACAAUAACGACGAGUGUGGGUCCAACCCGUGUCAGAACAACGCCACCUGCCAUGAUCUAGUGGAUGCCUACAGAUGUGAGUGUGGUCCUGGCUGGGCAGGAGUUCACUGUGAAAUAGAUAUCUUUGAGUGUGGCUCAGACCCUUGUCAGAACAACGCCACCUGUCAUGACUGGGUGAACUACUACACCUGUGAAUGUGCACCUGGAUGGGAGGGUGUUCACUGUGAGAUCAAUACAGACGAAUGCUCAUCAAACCCUUGUCAGAACAAUGCCACCUGUCAUGACUGGGUGAACUACUACACCUGUGAAUGUGGGCCUGGAUGGGAGGGUGUUCACUGUGAAAUUGAUACCUACGAAUGCGGAUCCGACCCAUGUCAGAACAGCGCCACCUGCCAUGACUGGGUGAACUACUACACCUGCGAAUGUGCACCUGGUUGGGAGGGUGUUCACUGUGAAAUAAAUACUGAUGAGUGUGCAUCAGACCCAUGUCAGAACAAUGCCACCUGUCAUGACUACAUCAAUUUUUACACUUGCGAGUGUGCCCCUGGAUGGCAGGAUGUCCACUGUCAAACUAACACAGAUGAGUGUGCUUCAGGACCAUGUGAAAACAACGCCACCUGUCAUGACUGGGUGAACUACUACACCUGUGAAUGUGGGCCUGGAUGGAAUGGCACCCACUGUGAAACAAAUAUCAAUGAGUGUGCAUCCAACCCAUGUCAGAAUAACGCCACCUGCCACGACUUUGUGAACUACUACACCUGCGAAUGUGCACCUGGAUGGGAGGGUGUUCACUGUGAAAUCAAUACAGAUGAGUGUGCUUCAGACCCAUGUCAAAACAACGCCACCUGCCAUGACUGGGUGAACUACUACACCUGUGAGUGUGCACCUGGAUGGAACGGCACCCAUUGUGAAACAAAUAUUGAUGAAUGUGCAUCUGAUCCGUGUCUGUACAAUGCCACUUGCCACGAUGAGGUCAACUAUUACCGGUGUGAGUGUGCGCCUGGAUGGGAUGGACUGUAUUGUGAAAUAAACAUAAAUGAGUGUGAGUCUGACCCAUGUCAGAACAAUGCCACCUGUCAUGACCAUGUCAACUACUACACCUGCGAGUGUGUGGGAGGGUGGAGAGGAAUCAACUGUGAUGACAAUACCAACGAGUGUGACUCUAACCCCUGCCAAAACAACGCCACCUGCCAAGAUGAGGUGAACCAGUACACAUGUCUGUGCAGCCCUGGGUGGGAGGGCACACACUGUGAAACAAAUACCAACGAAUGCAUGUCAGAUCCAUGUCAAAACAACGCCACCUGCCAUGACUGGGUGAACUACUACACCUGUGAAUGUGGACCUGGAUGGGAGGGUGUUCACUGUGAAAUAAAUACCAAUGAAUGCAUGUCAAAUCCCUGUCAGAACAACGCCACCUGUCAUGACCAGGUGAACUACUACACCUGUGAAUGUGCACCUGGAUGGGAGGGUGUUCACUGUGAGACCAAUAUCGAUGAGUGUUCAUCUCAUCCAUGUCAAAACAACGCCACCUGUCAUGACUGGGUGAACUACUACACCUGUGAGUGCGACUUAGGAUGGGAGGGUGUCCACUGUGAAAUUAAUACAGACGAGUGUACUUCUGGGCCCUGUCAAAACAACGCCACCUGUCAUGACCAUGUGAACUACUACACCUGUGAAUGUGGGCCUGGAUGGGAUGGUAUACACUGUGAAAUUGAUGUAGAUGAAUGUGCAUCCUUCCCCUGUCUGAACAAUGCCACGUGUCAGGACUAUGUGAAUGGCUACAUGUGUGUGUGUUCUCCUGGGUGGGAGGGAGUGCUGUGUGAAACAGACACAAACGAGUGUGCUUCUGAUCCAUGCUUGAACAACGCCACCUGUCAUGAUCAUGUCAAUCACUACACCUGCGAGUGUGCGUCUGGUUGGGCUGGGGUCCAUUGUAGUGAAGACAUUGACGAGUGUCAGUCUGGUCCAUGUCUCAGUGGAGCUACUUGUGUGGAUCAGGUAGAUGGUUAUGUCUGUGACUGUCUUCCUGGCUGGGAGGGAGUCCGCUGUGAAAGUAAUAUAGACGAGUGUGCAUCAGAGCCAUGUCAGAACAAUGCCACAUGCUGGGAUGAUGUCAACUCCUACUUCUGUGAAUGUACAAAAGGCUGGGAAGGAGAGCACUGUGAAAUAAACAUACAGGAAUGUGUCUCAAACCCUUGUUGGAACAACGCCACAUGCCGUGAUGAUGUGGCAGGUUAUACCUGCAUCUGUCUGCCAGGAUACGAGGGCGUAGUAUGUGAAACUGAGACAGAUGAAUGCAUUUCCACCCCCUGCCUGAACAAUGCAACCUGCCACGACCUGUUAGCUGCCUACACUUGCGAGUGUGCCCCAGGAUGGGACGGGACCCACUGCCAAAUCAACAUAGACGAAUGUGCGUCCCAGCCGUGUUACAACGGUGCCACCUGUCGUGAUGGCAUUAACAGCUUUACUUGUGAAUGUCUUCUCGGAUGGAAGGGAGUGCAGUGUGGGGAAGAUAUAGAAGAAUGCUUGUCUGACCCAUGUCAAAAUGGAGCAACAUGCUGGGAUGAUGUCAAUGGCUACUUCUGUGAGUGUUUGCCUGGGUGGAAUGGCGAACACUGCGAAAACAACACGGACGAAUGUGCGUCCAACCCCUGUCAACAUGACGGGACCUGUACAGACCUGAUAAACGGGUAUAAAUGCACCUGUACUGAGGGAUACACUGGCAACAAUUGUCAAAAUGAAACCAUAGAAUGCACCUCUUCACCCUGUAGAAAUGAUGGCACCUGUAAUGAACAUGUAGGAUAUUAUACUUGUGACUGCCUUCCUGGUUUCACUGGAUACACUUGUGAAAUAAAUAUCGAUGAAUGUGCGUCAUAUCCAUGCCUGAAUAACGCGACCUGUACAGACAAUAUUAACAGUUACCACUGUAACUGUACUCCUGGAUGGGAGGGGACACACUGUGAAGACAGUAUUAAUGAGUGCCUGUCCAGCCCAUGCCAGCAUCAGGGCACCUGCCUUGACAGACAUCUAAACUACACCUGUCUCUGUACUCCUGGGUACUCUGGGUCAAACUGUCAGAUAGACACUGACGAAUGUGCGUCCGAUCCUUGUCAAAACGGUGGCACCUGUCAUGACCGCAUCAACAGAUAUAUGUGUGAGUGCAGCCCAGGUUGGGAGGGAGUGCACUGCCAAAUAAAUACGAAUGAGUGUGGGUCUGGGCCAUGUCAAAACAACGCCACCUGCCAUGACUGGGUGAACUACUACACCUGUGAAUGUGGACCUGGAUGGGAUGGGGUCCAUUGUGAAAUAAAUAUAGAUGAGUGUGCAUCCAGUCCAUGUCAGAACAACGCCACCUGUCAUGACUGGGUGAACUACUACACCUGCGAAUGUGCACCUGGCUGGUACAGCGUGAACUGUGAUGCUAAUUCUGAAGAAUGUGCCUCGGACCCUUGCAAAAACGGUGCCUCUUGCAUAGAUGCCGUUAACGCUUACACGUGUCAGUGUCUGCCGGGAUGGGAGGGCGUGCACUGUGAAAUCAACACGGAUGAAUGUGCCUCAGACCCGUGCCAGAAUGGGGCAACCUGUCAUGAUCGUGUCAAUGAGUAUUCAUGCGAGUGUGCACCAGGGUGGGAGGGCGUCCACUGUCAGGACAAUACAAAUGAAUGUGGCUCGGACCCGUGUCAGAACAAUGCCACCUGUCAUGACUGGGUGAACUACUACACCUGUGAAUGUGCACCUGGAUGGGAGGGUGUUCACUGUGAAAUCAACACAGAUGAGUGUGGUUCUGAUCCAUGUCAGAACAAUGCCACCUGUCAUGAUCAUGUGAACUACUACACCUGCGAAUGUGGGCCUGGAUGGGAGGGCAUUCAUUGUGAGAUUAAUACAAACGAGUGCGUCUCCAACCCAUGUGAAAACAAUGCCACCUGCCAUGACUGGGUGAACUACUACACCUGUGAAUGUGCACCUGGAUGGGAGGGUGUUCACUGUGAGAUCAACAUUGAUGAGUGCAGCUCCAGUCCAUGUCAGAACGGUGCAACAUGUCAUGACCACAUCAACUUCUGGACCUGUAGCUGCUCACCAGGCUGGUUUGGACUGGACUGUGGGGAUAAUUCCAAUGAGUGUGGCUCAGACCCAUGUCAAAACAAUGCCACUUGUGUGGAUCACGUCAAUGCCUACAGCUGUCAGUGUGGGCCUGGAUGGAACGGCACCAACUGUGAAAUCAAUAUUGACGAGUGUGCCUCCAAUCCUUGUCAAAAUAAUGCCACUUGCCAUGACUUUGUGAACUACUACACCUGUGAGUGCAACCCAGGAUAUGAUGGCAUCCACUGUGAGAUAGACAUUGAUGAGUGCAGUUCGAAUCCAUGUCAGAAUGGCGCAACUUGUCAUGACCACAUCAACUUCUGGACCUGUAGUUGUAUGCCAGGCUGGUUUGGACUGGACUGUGGAGAUAAUUCCAAUGAGUGUGAGUCCGACCCCUGUCAGAACAACGCCACCUGUGUGGAUCACGUUAAUGCCUACAGCUGUGAGUGUGGACCUGGAUGGAACGGCACAAAUUGUGAAAUCAAUGUUGAUGAGUGUGCCUCCAGUCCAUGUCAGAACAACGCCACCUGCCACGAUCACAUCAACUACUACACCUGUGAAUGUGAUCCAGGAUGGGAGGGUGUUCACUGUGAGAUCAACACAGAUGAGUGUGUCUCGGGCCCGUGCCAGAAUAACGGCACCUGUAGUGAUCAUAUCAACAGAUACAGCUGUGCUUGUGUGCUGGGGUAUGUUGGGGUCAACUGUGAAAUAGAGGUUAUUGAAUGUUCAUCAGAUCCAUGUGAGAAUGGAGGCACUUGUCUGGACAACAUCGGGUUCUACGUCUGCACAUGUGUUCCUGGGUAUACUGGAGUACACUGUCAAAUCAAUAUUGAUGAAUGUGAAUCGUCCCCCUGUGAAAAUGGAGCCACCUGUGUGGAUGGAGUGAACGGGUACAACUGUAGCUGUACAGAAGGCUGGGAGGGAACACACUGUGAGACAAGCAUAGAUGACUGUGCUUCCGUUCCGUGUCAGAACAACGCUACCUGCUACGAUGGACACAUCAGCUACACCUGUAACUGUACUGUCGGCUGGGAGGGGUAUGACUGUGAAAUAAAUACAGACGAGUGUGCCUCAAAUCCUUGCCAGAAUGAGGGGAAAUGUGGGGACCAACACAACAGCUACAUCUGUUCCUGUCCGCUGGGCUGGGCAGGCGUCCACUGCGAAAACAACACUGACGAAUGUGCAUCAAACCCGUGCCAGAACAAUGCGACGUGCCAUGAUGGUCUGACAUACUUUUACGAGUGCGAAUGUGCGGCAGGAUUUGAGGGGGUCAACUGUGAGAUCAACACAGAUGAGUGUGGAUCACUCCCCUGUGAAAAUGGCGCGACCUGUGAGGACCAUGUGAACUACUACACAUGCCAGUGUGUGCCUGGAUUCAAGGGUGUCAACUGUCAAACAAAACGAGAGUGUGAUGUGAACUACUGUAGGAACGAUGGCGAGUGUUUUGCAGUGGAUGAUGAUGAGUACUACUGUACCUGUCCCUGGGACUGGACGGGGAAGGACUGCGAAAUAUCCUUCAUUGGCUACAAUGUUGAGACAGGCUGGGAGGUUGGCGACAGCAUCACCACUGGAAGCUGGUCUGGUGGGAGCGUGGCGGAAGUCUGGGACAACUGUUUUCAGCCGGACAGUUUCCCGUUCUCGACAAACGGGCAGUGUUCAGGACACCGUGAUGGCGGUCAGGCAGUUUCGGACCGAAGGAAGCACUCAGGCCGUCUGUCCUGGCAGUUCAGGAGGGGUAGUCUUGAGCGAGGCCCAGGGACGCCCUUUUCCCCUCCCCUUCGAGUAAAAGUUGGGCGAACGGACGGGAAUUAUACGGGCGAAGCAGACUCUUUCUACGCCUCUCUGUGGUUCCGUGCAUCCAGGAAUAUCGGAGACGGUUCCAGAAUUGCGAUUUGCGCGGGAAAUCCAUCCGGAACGCUACGAGCGUCCAACUACGUCGAGGUGUAUGCAAGGCAAUCAGGAGUCGUCGUAAGGACCGCAGAAUCGUUUCCAAACUACACGUACUGUGCCCAGACGCGAAGUUGUGGCUAUAACGCACAGUUUCUCGACAUUUUAGACUACCUUGAAAUCACGCCACCUCUAGAGUUGGGCAUUUGGCACCACAUUGAAAUGACACUGAAUGCCAAACCUCUUGACUACCUAGACGAAUGGCACUAUUUGAUAGAUUCAGUACACACACACAACGGAGCAUUUCUAGGGUACACGGUGGAAAACGACUGGUUGUUAGGAGACAGCAUCACCAAUAGCAACUGGACGGGCGGGGCCAUAGCCGACGUUCUGGAAGACUGUUUUCAGCCGGACAACUUUCCUUUCAAGACAAACAAUAGAUGCAUAGGUGCGAGGGAUGGAGGCCAGGCCAUCUCCAACAGGCAGUACCACUCCGGUAGGAAGUCCUGGCAGCUGAGGCGUGGGGACCUGUCCCUUGGGAAGGGAACCCCGUUCUCUCCCAGUCUGUCCGUGACAGCAGGACGCAUGGACGGGGAAUAUACCGCCGACGUGGACGCUUUCUACGCCUCGUUCUGGUUCCGUGCUACAAGGAAGAGAGGCGACAGUUCCCGUAUCGCCGUCUGCGCGGGGAAUCCGGACGGGACGCUCCGGGCGUCAAACUACCUCGAACUGUUUGCCACAACCAGUGGCGUCAUCGUGAGAACAGCAGAAACGUACCCAAACUACACAUACUGCGCGAGAGUGAGAAAUUGUGGCUACAGCGCACAGUUCCACUACGUACAGAUCACCCCGCUGCUUAAACUGGACACCUGGCAUCGCAUAGAGAUGACAUUCCAGGCCAGACCAGCUGAUUAUGCAGACGAGUGGAGUUAUGUCAUCAACAAAGUCUUCACUCACAGAGGAGGGGCGUACUUCCAAACAGCCCGGUAUGACCAGAGUUGGCCGUAUGAGUAUGUCAAUAGACUCAAGUUCCAACCAAGACACCCCAAUAGAAACCCUGCCUCCAAAGGAUUUUAUUUUGAUGACAUUUACUACAAGGCCUUUAGUUCAUCAGAUGUGAAUUCAACAGCAGUAGACGAAUAUGGGACAUCAUUUGAAAGAUAUCCAUUAUAUUAG